AUGCGACAAAGAAUAACCUUCUUCCAUAAAAAUGAGAACGGAGUAGAGCCCGCCGCUCUAAGGCUUUUAGGUCGUUAUAUUUCGGGACCGGACAUCACCGCUGAACGGGAGGACCGGAUUACACUAGCUCUAGAGGAGCUUCCGGUCGAGCUUCAACACCUACUUCGAGAAUCCCGCGAGCUAUUCAUUCGAUGGCAAAAACCUAUUCCCUACAAAGCUAUAGGUCCUUGGACCUCAAGGUUGCCUCCUGGUUUGCAUAUCUUUUAUACGCCUGGCAAUAGUGAGAGACCUGAUGGCGGUCGCUUAUGCCGCUUGUUUCGGACAGCGUUCGGACCAUUAGAUUGCUCAUCUACAUCUGGAUCGUUUACGAAAUUACCAAAUGAUCGAUUCACUCAUUCGACAGCAUAUCAAUAUUACCAGAUCCUAAACGACCUAUCUCAUUUCACUUCGUACCUUGAACAAUAUGCUUGUGGUUCCGGUAACUCCGAAUGCAAGGCACGAGUUCAACGGCUUCUUGACGCCAACUCGGUCGAUUUCUCUUACGAUGCGCUUUCUCAUGUUGUGAAACUCACUGCUGUGUGGCCUCAUGAACGGCAGCCAUUAUUUAUCAAUUCCCAGCAUGAUCAUAGAGCCGAGGUUGGGAUAAUGACACCAGACUCACCUCCGCAUCUAGAGUCACAUGAGCUUGGCGUCACGGGACUGCUGGCAGUCUUAGGUGAAGAUUCCAGGCCUACACCAACUCUCUUCUCGUUCCCUUCACGCCACAAGAAUGCCGAUGAUGCAGGUUUCGAGGCCACUUUUCUCCGUCCGAUGGGUUUACACCCGACUAUGCAAUUACGCCUUAGCUCAAGUAAACCGCCGAUGGACGAUGCGUACUGUUCGCUGCACACGUACCUUACUCUUCCUCGAACCGUGUUCAUCGACAAGUACCAACUUGGAGAUGAGCUAUUCAUGUCAUCUAAGAAUUUGUCGGCAUUGCGUUACAUCAGCCAGCCGGUAGACCUUGAAGCUCCAGACUACGCUAUGAGGCUUUGGGGCUCCAGUGCCCUCCUAGAGCUGCAGCCACCUAGACACGGGAAGGACCAACCAUGGACAGCUGAGAUUCCACUUCAUCUUAGAUAUUUGGCACCAGCGGAUCAUGGCUACAGAAACGUUAGUAUCCCUUGGCCUGUGGUUUUUUGGGCUUGCGCAGCCGAAGAGGGCACCAAGUUCCCCAACAGUCCAUUCGACAGGACGAAUCUAGGAUACGAUGGGCUAUUUGGCCCUCGUACGCUAUUCUGGCAUGUUGAACCGAAGCCAAAUCCAGGCGAGAACCUCUACCAUGAAAUCCGGGUUCCCGUUCUUGACCUUGGACAAUCAAAUCGGAUCAGCUCUGGAACAGUAACCGUGGUUCUCAUGGGACUUGUUUUCGUAAUAUGGAAACUCGUAUCAGUCUGCCUAGGGAUAAACCACGACAAAUACAAACCGGAGAAAGUAAGGAGGAAGAGAAAGAGUCUAUGA